UCCAACUACGACUAAUUCCCGACUAUCGUUGACAACACCCGUACUAUCACGUCUGGAAAUUAUUCUCGAGACAGUUGCUACUCAUGCCGAUAGGAUAGUCACCGUAAUAGGGGAUUGCCAUUCAACAUUAACUGAGACGAUCUUCUUAGCUGGUAUAAUCCCUACCCUUGCCGCCUAUGCGAGUCAGCCUUGCCCAACUAACCCGCCUUGCCCCGAAUGUGUUUCUUCGACUUGUCAUUGCCCAAAUGCUGGCGGUGCUAGCGGUGCUACUACCACCUCUCUGUCUGGGAUUCCUGGUGCUCGAGGGCCAUGUCCUGGUUCCGGUUAUACUUGUCACGAAUGUCUCGACGGCUGGUUCUGUCCGCCUCUUCAGACCCCGGCACAGUCUGCACCUUGCGGGUUUGGUUGGCCUUGUGCUCAUUGCGACGGAGGAUGGUUCUGUGUCCCCCAGCCAACUCUAGAUUCGGAAACAUGCGCAGGAUCAAGUGGACCAGCUACGAAUGGCCCUGGAACCAUAUCGUCCACGAUUUCCUCACCUAGGAACCCCUCUCAAUCAAGCCCGACACAACCAACGGAGCCAAGUCCUACUAUUCCCAGUCCAAAAAUAACCAGAGAGGCCUCAGGCUGGGGCUACUGUGGUUGCUGGGCUGACCAAGCUGACAAUCGGGUGCUCAACAUGGAACCACUUCUCAAUUUAGGUCCUCUGACCAACGAAGGGUGUGUUCAGCACUGCAUAGGCCAUGGCUUUCUUAUGGCGGGUACCGAAAACGGUGACAGCUGCUACUGCGGAAACUUUCUCAAUGGUACGCAGAAGCUCGACGAUUCUAUAUGCUCGGUUUCAUGUACAGGUGACGCUGAACAAGCCUGCGGUGGUAACAACGCGCUCAGUUGUUACAGUUCUGACAACCAAGCCCACGGUUGGGCCAGUGCGGGUCCCCAACCUUUACCCGCGACCGCAAAACCACCUGAGGUCAUAUCUAUGAACGUGGGCGGUGUUGCUCAAACGGUGGUUACGGGACCGGCAGUGGUAUUCCCUCCUCCUGAUGCAGAUAUGAGUCAACUGGUU